GGGGGCUGGGUCUGCCUGGUGCAGAGGACUGGGUGGGCCUGUAGGAGCCGAGGUCGCCUCUGGCUGGGGACCCGUCUCUGCUUUGUCUGCACCUCUUGGCUCGGUUCCCCUGUGCUCCAUGACUCCCGCAUCUCCUGGCCGCUUCUUGUGGGUUUGGAGUAGUCCCUGUAUUGGGGGCCAUCUGAGUAUGUAAGGCCUAGGCCAUAGAGGAAGGGGAGGGUCGCAAACUUGCAGCCUGGCUGUGGAUUUGAGCAGGAGUGUGGGAUUGCUGAUGGAUCAGGGACACUUUUCCUGAGCUGCCUUGGCCCAGACCUGGGGCCAGUCAUUUCCAGUGUGGCAUGGGGGAGGAGCACUAACCAAAGAUCCAAGGGUUGUAAAUUCCUCACCAGCUCUGCCACUUUGUAGUGGUGAGACUUUUGAGAAGCCUCUUCUGUUCUCCAAUUUCUCUUUUAAAAACUUGGAACCCCAGUACUCUCCCUCAUAAAGAUAGCAGUAAGGGCAGUCAUUUCUCACGUGCUUAUUUUGUGUCAAGCACUGACAUGUUCCAUUCCAUUUUCCGAAGGACUGUAGGGAAUAGAGAUCGUUAGCUGUUUCACAGCUCAGAGAGGAUGUGUAAUCUGUUUACUCCAGAACCCUGGCCUUAACCAUUAGGUUAACCAGCCUUCAUGGCACACUACCCUGGAAGAAAAAAGGGAGGCAGAUCCUAGGACCCAGCGCUCUGUAAUGUUUUGUUUUGUGGCCAGCAAAGACUUACCCUGACACAACCCACCAUCUCUUCCUCUGGUGGUGCUGCUGCUGCUGUGCCCCUAGACUGAUGGGGAGCUCAAGUGGGUGCUAGCCAUGCCAAGUCUCCUUCAUGCAGUGCUUAGGUGCUGGGCUCUGGAGUCAACUUCCAAAAAAAUUGUUUGAAUUCAUUGUCCAUCCAUGGUUCUGAACGUGUGAACUCCCUCCUCAGAGCUGGACCCUAGGGUGCAAGAGGCAGGAUCUCUAAGUUCUAAGCACCCCAUUGGCCCCCUGAGAGCUGGGGUAGUAAGGAGCUGUCCCUGAGGCUGGUCCAGCCAGUCUCUGGGGACAAGGACUAUACAGUAGACUCCGAGUUCUGAAAGUUAUCUGAGCUUCGGUUUCCUCAUCUGUUGGAGAGGUUAUUAAAUUCUCUCACAGGGAAAGCUGCUGCCGCUCACCCCGUGUCUUCUGGCCGCUUCCCUCUUUGUUGCCCCUCCCCACAGGCUCCCCCUCUCCACCUCCUGGGGCCCAUCAUGAAUGGUGCCCCCUCCCCAGAGGAUGGGGCCUCCCCCUCCCCUCCCCCCCUGCCACCACCCCCUCCCCCAAGUUGGCGGGAGUUCUGUGAGUCCCACGCCCGGGCUGCAGCCCUGGAUUUUGCCCGCCGUUUUCGCCUCUACCUGGCCUCCCACCCCCAGUACGCGGGGCCUGGGGCGGAGGCUGCCUUCUCUCGCCGCUUCGCUGAGCUCUUCCUGCAGCACUUUGAAGCCGAGGUGGCCCGGGCCUCGGGCUCCCUCUCACCACCAGUUAUAGCUCCCCUGAGUCCCGGUGUGGAGAUCCCUCCGCCACAUGACUUGUCCCUCGAGAGCUGCAGGGUGGGCGGGCCCCUGGCUGUGCUGGGCCCCUCUCGAUCAUCCGAGGACCUGGCCGGCCCCCUCCCCUCCUCAGUCUCUUCCUCUUCUACGACCUCUUCGAAGCCGAAGCUCAAGAAACGCUUCUCCCUCCGCUCAGUCGGUCGCUCGGUCAGAGGUUCUGUCCGUGGCAUCCUGCAGUGGCGGGGAACUGUUGACCCUCCCUCCCCAGCGAGUCCCCUGGAGACCUCAUCGGGCCCCCCAGUCCUGGGUGGAAACAGCAACUCCAACUCUUCUGGUGGGGCUGGGACUGUUGGUCGGGGACUGGUUAGUGAUGGCACGUCCCCUGGGGAAAGAUGGACUCACCGAUUUGAGAGGCUGAGACUAAGUCGGGGAGGGGGGACCUUGAAGGAUGGAGCAGGGGUGGUGCAGAGGGAAGAGCUGCUGAGUUUCAUGGGGGCCGAAGAGGCGGCCCCUGACCCUGCCGGAGCAGGCCGGGGAGGAGGGGCAGCUGGGCCUACCUCAGGGGGAGGAGGGCAGCCCCAGUGGCAGAAGUGUCGCUUAUUGCUCCGGAGUGAAGGCGAAGGAGGAGGAGGAAGUCGCCUGGAGUUCUUUGUACCACCCAAGGCCUCUAGGCCCCGGCUCAGCAUUCCCUGCUCUACUAUCACGGAUGUUCGGACAACCACAGCCCUGGAGAUGCCUGACCGGGAAAACACGUUUGUGGUCAAGGUGGAAGGCCCCUCGGAGUACAUCCUGGAGACAACUGAUGCUCUCCAUGUGAAGGCCUGGGUGUCUGACAUUCAAGAAUGCCUGAGCCCAGGACCCUGCCCUGCUACCAGUCCCCGCCCCAUGACCCUCCCUCUGGCUCCUGGGACCUCCUUCCUCACAAAAGAGAACACAGAUGGCCUGGAGCUGCCCUGUCUGAACCAUUCAGAGAGUCUGCCCAGCCAGGAUCUGCUUCUGGGACCCAGUGAGAGCAAUGAUCGCCUUUCGCAAGGGGCGUAUGGGGGCCUCUCAGACCGGCCCUCAGCAUCCAUCUCCCCUAGUUCGGCCUCCAUUGCUGCCUCCCAUUUUGACUCCAUGGAACUGCUUCCCCCAGAGCUGCCCCCCCGCAUCCCCAUUGAGGAGGGCCCCCCUGCAGGAACAGUUCAUCCCCUCUCAACCCCCUACCCUCCCUUGGACACUCCGGAAACAGCCACAGGGUCCUUCCUGUUCCAGGGGGAGUCAGAGGGAGGUGAGGGGGACCAGCCCCUCUCAGGAUAUCCUUGGUUCCACGGGAUGCUCUCUCGACUCAAGGCUGCCCAGCUAGUGCUGGAAGGAGGCACCAACUCCCACGGUGUCUUCCUGGUACGUCAGAGCGAAACGAGGCGGGGUGAAUAUGUCCUCACUUUCAACUUCCAGGGCAAGGCCAAGCACCUGCGCUUGUCACUGAACGAGGAGGGCCAGUGCCGGGUCCAGCAUCUGUGGUUCCAGUCCAUUUUCGACAUGCUCGAGCACUUCCGGGUGCACCCCAUCCCUCUGGAGUCUGGAGGCUCCAGUGAUGUUGUCCUUGUCAGCUAUGUGCCCUCCCAGCGGCAGCAGGAACCGAACACCUCCCAUGACCUACCCCAGCCCCUUGAACCCCCUUCAUGGACAGAUUCCCCACAUCCUGGGGCAGAAGAGGUGUCGGGGGCGCCAGAAGUGGCGGCAGCAGCAGCCCCAGCAGCCAAAGAGAGGCAAGAGAAAGAGAAAACGGGCAGUGGAGGGGUCCAGGAAGAGCUGGUCCCCGUGGUUGAGCUGGUCCCCGUGGUCGAAUUGGAAGAGGCCAUAGCACCAGGCAUGGAGGCCCAGGGUGGUGCUGGCUCUGGUGGGGACAUUGGGGUGACCCCAAUUGUGCAGCUCCAGCAGUUACCACUAGGGGGCAACGGAGAAGAAGGGGGUCAUCCCAGAGCCAUUAACAACCAGUACUCCUUGGUGUGAGACACCCCACCCCACCCUCUCUCCACUCUUCUUGCUCUUCAGUCCUCGGGUCGUGAGGUGGGCUGGGUAGGGACAUAGAGGAGACUUGGGAGUCCCCUUCCCACAGGCUUCCUGACCUUGUCAGUCAAGGGCAUACGUGCUGGUACAAGCAGAGGUUCGAGAGCCCUGUCAACUCCCUAGUUCGUACACUACAGGCGCCCAUCCCCUAGGCAGGGGAUUUGGGCUCCAUUACCUCCCUGAGGGGCUCUUAUGGUCAGCCCCAUCCCUGGGGGCCAUUUCCCCAUUAACUAUCCCCCAGCCCAAGCAAGGGUGAUGGGGGGAAGGGCUGUCAGUUAUAUUAAGGUGGUUGUUGUUGUUGUUUUAAACAAAAUGGAGAAGCAUAAAUAAAUAAAAGGGUUUAUCUCAGUUCCACCGUGA